AAUUAUAUAAAAUCAAUGUUCAGGAAUUGGCAACAGGUGGUGUUGCGUACAUUUUAUUUGUGUUAUGCAAGCGAAAGCAAUAUUAAAAAUUUGAAUAUCCCAUUUUCCUUAACGAGGCAUGAGAACUCGAAAUCCGAGUGAAUUUUUGUUUUUUUUAGACCGUUUUACCUUCGCGUGCGUUCGCGCGCUUUGUAUGUGACAUAACCCGGAUUCACUAUAUACCUCUACCCAUAUUUUAAAUAAUUUGAGAUUAAGUUUGUAAAGAGAAUCCAGAACAUGUUUUCGAUUAAUUUGGUAACAUUAGACAGUUAUCAGUCGACUCCACUGUUGGAUCUUGAUGUAACAUUUUCGGAUUUCCGGGGAAACGAUAUUAGACAAGUUCCAGUUAUUCGAAUAUUCGGAUCUACUCCUUCUGGGCUAAAAACAUGUCUACAUAUUCACAGGGUAUUUCCGUACAUGUAUAUACCAUGCACGAUAGAUAAUAAUGUCGACAGUUUCAUGUACAAAUUAGCAGCAGCAAUAGAUUCUGCAUUGAACGUGUCGUUAGGAUCUGCAAUGUCUAAUACUCAGCAUGUCCAUAAAAUCCAAAGAGUCGCUGGAAUUCCUCUUUACGGAUAUCAUGAGAAGCAGCAUCUAUUCUUUAAAAUUUUUUUUUACAAUCCAGCUAUGAUUAAAAGAGCAGCUGAUUUAUUACAAAAUGGCACAAUAUUUAAUCAAUGCUUGCAACCACAUGAGGCACAUAUACCCUUCAUUUUACAAUUUAUGAUAGAUUAUAAUCUUUAUGGAAUGAGCUUAAUAAACUUGAGAGAUGUCAAGUUCAGACAGAGUACGUAUACAGGCUCAAAGGAUGGUUCACAAAACGAGAGCUCAUCAAAUUCGUUUGAUUCUCAAAAGUGGCUUCCUUUACAUAUUGCAAGGCAAAGUUCCUGCAAACUGGAAGUAGAUGCUUGCGCAUCCGAUAUACUUAACAGGCAAGAACUUCAGAAUGGUUUAGAUUUAAAUCCAGGCAUUGCAGCUAUUUGGAACGAAGAAAAGUACAGGAGGGAGGCAAAAGAUUUAGAUAAUCCUGCGUCACAAUUAUUAUAUACAAAUUCGAAUGAAAGAAGUUAUGAACCAACAGAGAAUGAUAUUUACCAAAAAGAGAGAUUAAUAAGAAGAUUACAAUCUAUUUCACAGAUCAGUGAAGAUAUAACACCAGUAUCAUCAAAAACACUUAGUUAUCCCAUAGAAGUAGCAGAUGAAGAUAACUUAUUAAAUCGGGAAGAUCAGAAUGAAUCACUUUUAGAUAAUAAUUUAUUAGAACUUGAGAAAACUGUGACACCAGAAAAUUCAAUUCAUGAUACAGCGAAUGAGAGUACUAUUUUGGAUUCUCAAGAUAUGCAGUUAGUGGAAAUGUUAGCAGGCUUAGCAGAGGAAAGUGAGGAAGAAAGGGUAAUAGAUAAUGACAGUAUGCUGGGUUCUCAAUUUUCUGUCUUAAGCAAUCAAAUUCAGGAGGAUCAUGAAGAUGAUGAACUUGACGAUUUAAAUAUUACAAGUUUAGAGUUAGACAGUCUUAGUUCAUGGAAUUCAGCUAUUGGACCUAUCAGUCAAACAAGUAUGCCUGAAAUUGAUCCACAAGUCGCUGAAAACGAUAAAGAAAUUGACAGAACUAUUACUGAAGACUCUUUAUCUUUAGAUGUCCCUCAACUCGAUGGUAUAGACGAUUUAAUUUUAAAAAAUGAAGAGCAAUCAUUGAUAUUUAAUAGAAAUAAGACAAGACGAAAAAAGAAAGUGCAUAAAAGUAUAUUGAAUGACAAAACUAUGGUUACCACACCAUUAAACAUAUUUGAUAUUAGAUUGUCUAAAUAUUUGAAAUUAGAUCAUGAAAAUUUAGAUGUUUACGAUAUAGAUGAGAUUGAUUAUACCUCAGACGAUUACAAAGCAUUAGAACCAUCAAUAUGUUCUAGAACUAAUUCUAGUCGAAUUAACUUAAAUAAAUUAAAUAUACCUGCGUUUGAUGGAAAUGGUGAUGAUAGCUCCAGUGAUUCUGAGUUAGUUCAAGAUAUCACUAUCAGCAGAGAGGAAAAGCGCAUUUGUGUUUAUAAGUCAUCUACGAGCGGCGAAAACAAUGUUGUUAAUGGUUCGUCGAAGCGGAAAAUAGAAUUGAAUGAUAGCCAUUUGGAAUCUCCUCGCAAGCGACGUAAUAUUAAUGCAUGUGCUUCGCAAAACGAGUCACAUUGUACUCCAAGAAAAAAGAAAGUGGGAAGUCCACGAUCUGCAUCGAAAAACUAUUCUCCACUUAAUAUAAAAAUAAUAUCGCCUAAGAUAAAUAGAAAUGUCGAAAAUGAUAGACCUUGCAGUUCAACAUCUACUUGCUUUACUCCGAAACUAAAUGAUCAAUCCUUAAGAACGAAUUUAUUUCGUGAAAAAAUAAACAGCAAUGUUUCAGAAGAAACUAAAGCAUGCUCGACGCGUAACAAAGUUAUAAAUAUUAAUGAGACGUUUAUCAUCGAGAAACACAAUUCCAGCACACGUGAAAAAUUGACUGAUCUCGAAGAAAAUUUGGAUACAUUAAGAGCGAGUCCCGAAGCAGAAUCUUCUUCAAGAAGUAAUAAAGAGGUCCGUAAAAGAUUAAAUUUUGUGAACAUUGAUGUAUCAGAUACUAAGCCUGUAGAAAAUAAUUUGGAUGAACGUCAUUUUGGAAACUUAGUUUUAACAGAGGAUAUAGUAAAUAAUUUUGAUAAGGAGAAGGAGAAAAUCAAUUACGAACAUAAUUUACCCGGUACAUCGAAAGAUAAAGAUGACUUUUUGUACAUAGACAAUGUCUCUGAUAAGACAUCAUUAAUGAAUGAAGAAAUCAUAGAUGAGGACGAAGAAGACGUUUGUAAUAUGACGUACACGCAGUAUUUGAAUAAAAUAUUACCAUCUGAACCGUGUACAAGUGCUACACCGUUAGGAAGUAUACGCGAUUCUACAAAAAAUGAAUCAGUUACUAUUACCACUAAAUUUAAUCCACCGAGCAGACAAAGGAUUCUAAGUACCAUGAAGAUGUACAACAUUUUAGAAUCAAAAUUUAACGCACCGUUCUUCAGUAAUAAAAUUGAUUCUAUUAAACAAAAGGAGGGUUUAAAUAAAAAUAAUAUAGAUGAGAUACCCUCGUUCAAGUGCAGUUUAGACAAAGUUACGAGUAUCAAACUUUGGCGCCGUGUAAAAAUUAAUGAAUUCUAUCCUUCUGGUUCAAGUAUCAAAUCUUGUGAUAUAAAGAGGGUUUUAGCUGGAUACAGUUCCUUAGUAAUUCAUCCUCUCAUCCAACCACCAGCAGUGAAGAGUGUUAAAACUUGGGUGCAAGCAAAGAAAUAUUUAUCAAAGAAAAACAAUGAAGCUACAGCAGUAAAAGGCAAGAUUGAUGUAAACCACAAAAUUGAGGAUAAUAUAUUUAAUGAAACGUCUAAGGAUGUUGAAAAUACGAAGAAUCAUUCACAAAGCUCUAAUUCAGAGCAUUCAUCUAAUAAAAGUAUUACUUCUUCUUUACAAAAAAUGCUUGAGAAUCCACUACUGUAUAAGAAUGCUGAGACGCAACAACAUUUAGGGAUCUCUUAUGGGCAAAUUGAAUUUAGUUUAAGUGAACACAGUGGCAACGUCGAAAAUGAAAAUCUUCAAAAUGCCAGAGGCUUAACUGUGCAUCAAUUUCUAACGAUACUAUCAGUAGAAAUACAUGUUAUCACGCGCGAUAAGCUUCUUCCUGAUCCGGAACACGAUCCAAUUGCAGCGAUAUUUUAUGCCGUACAUAAUGAUGUCCCGUCGUCUUCAAAAGAUGAACAGAUAGAACAUGGUAUCGUCAUAAAUUCAUGCGCAAAAAGUACAAAAAUUAAAAAUAUAUAUUCAACUAGUACAAUGUGUCCAAUGUCGUAUGUGUCGAGUGAAGAAGAUUUGUUAAAGAGCCUUGUAAUAUUAAUUAAACACUGUGAUCCAGAUAUUUUAAUUGGCUGGGAGAUUGAAUCUUUGUCAUGGGGGUAUAUUUUUCACAGAGCCUCUCGCAUCGGUCUGAAUAAUUUUACAUGGCAGAUUUCAAGAAUCUCAAAUGUCGUAUCAACAUCGAAAGAGCAAACGUCCGAUAAAGAUAAUUUCGUCGAUGCGAAAGUACCGGGUCGAAUUAUUCUCGACGUUUGGAGAAUAAUGCGGCACGAAGUAACAUUGUUAAAUUACACGUUUGAAAAUGUUAUGUACAAUGUGAUGCGCGAACGAAUUUCAUGUCCUACUUUCGAAGUUUUAAGCGCCUGGUCGAAGCAUAAUAAUAUAACGAUGCAAUGGAGAGUUAUUAAUCAUUAUGUGAUAAGAGUUGUGGGUACACUGAGGAUAUUGAUCCAUCUGGAUGUCAUCGGUCGAACGUGUGAGCAUGCACGACUUUUUGGAAUACAAUUUUACGAAGUAUUUUCAAGAGGGUCUCAGUUUCGAGUCGAGUCGAUGAUGCUGAGACUCGCAAAGCCUUUGAAUUACAUUCCUGUUUCACCGUCUAUACAACAAAGAGCAAGAAUGCGUGCACCAGAAUCUCUCCCACUCAUUAUGGAACCCCAGUCUGUGUUCUACAACGAUCCAUUAAUUGUUCUCGAUUUUCAAAGUCUAUAUCCAAGCAUUAUCAUUGCUUAUAACUAUUGUUUCUCCACGUGUUUAGGUCGCGUGGAGCAUAUUGGCCAUUAUGAACCAUACGAUUUCGGUGCAACUACAUUAAAAAUAAGGAAAAAUACUGCACAAAAAUUAUUGGAAAAAAUAAAUUUCGCUCCUUGUGGCGUAGCUUUCGUGAAACCAGACGUACGAAUGGGUAUAUUGCCACGAAUGCUUUCGGAGAUAUUGAAUACUCGAUUAAUGGUGAAAGCGUCUAUGAAAAUUCAUGGAAAUGCAAAUCACGUGUUGCAACGUGUUCUUCAUUCGCAACAACUGGGCCUUAAGUUAAUCGCAAAUGUUACUUACGGCUAUACAGCUGCAAAUUUUAGUGGAAGGAUGCCUUGCAUCGAAGUAGGAGAUAGCGUCGUCAGUAAAGGAAGAGAGACGUUGGAACGGGCUAUAAAAAUAGUAGAGUCUACACCUAAAUGGGGAGCUGAAGUUGUUUACGGCGAUACAGAUUCGUUAUUUAUUCUUUUACGUGGAAAAUCAAGGAAAGAUGCAUUUACAAUAGGAGCUGAAAUUGCUGACACUGUUACUGCAGCUAAUCCCCCACCCGUAAAACUUAAAUUUGAAAAAGUGUUACAACCAUCAAUAUUACAAACUAAGAAAAGAUAUUGCGGUUACAUGUAUGAGUCUCCAGAACAAGAAGAGCCAGAAUAUCUGGCAAAAGGCAUUGAAACUGUACGAAGAGAUGGUUGUCCAGCUGCAGCUAAAAUACUUGAAAAAACAUUGAAAAUCUUGUUCGACACAAAAGAUCUUUCGUUUGUAAAAUUGUACGUCACCAGGCAGUUCGAUAAAAUUUUACGUCAAAAAAUAUCCAUUCAGGACUUAACUUUCGCGAAAGAGUUCCGCGGUUUACGCGGCUACAAACCCAACGCCUGCGUACCCGCUUUAGAAUUAACUAAGAGACUGAUGCGAAAAGAUCCCCGAGCGAUACCUCGCACCGGUGAACGAGUACGUUACGUUAUAAUCGCCGGAGCUCCUAAUCAAGCAUUAAUUCAUUGCGUCCGAACUCCGAUGGAAGUAAUUUCGGACGAAGGCUUGAGCCCGAAUUCGAUAUACUAUAUUACAAAAGUAAUUAUACCGCCUCUCAAUCGGUGUUUAAAUUUAAUUGGCGUUGACGCUAAUACUUGGUACAGAGACAUGACUCGUCGUCAAACACCUGAUAAAGUAGUCAAUUUGUGUAAAGACAAUCAAAAGUUAACCAUCCGGCAAUUCUUCAGUACCGUUGUGUGCGCUGUUUGCGGUGAUCAAACGCAGAAAGAUAUUUGUAACAAUUGUGUGGCAAAGCCAAGUCAAACGAUUACUAUUUUACAAGAAAAGAUGAGAUGGUUGAAACGUACUCACCAAGAACUUACUAUGAUAUGCCAAUCUUGCACUGGGUAUACGGAUGAACCGAAAUGCGAAUCGUUAGAUUGCCCAGUUUUAUAUCGCUUAAUGCAGGCCAGGCGAGAUCUAGUUCAAAUACCUUAUUUAAAUGAUAUUAUUUGCAACGGCGAUUCUUGUAUAGAAAGAAGAACUAUGGGACAGCUAUUUUAAUCUAGUUGCAUGCAAGAACCGAUCAGUAUUGUUUAAUAAGAUGUUUAUUUUUUUACUUGUUGUAUAAUAAUUUGUAUAUGUAAUGUAAUGAACAAUAAAAACCGUUCGACGUUUA